GGCAUGCUCGUCCACAUAAACAGACAGCAGGUCGGCGUGCUGAAUGAAGGAAUGAAGGUGUAACCUGGCUUUUUUACAUAAAGAAGUUUAUACAUUUAUAUUUAACGUAUUUAUACAUUAUGUAAGGCUUGUAAAGUGUUUAACAGAAGGACGCUGGUCGCUGUUGUCCUCGAGGGUUCCGUUAACGCCGUGUUUCUCCUGUAGUUUGUCUCAGUUAGCCGGCUAAGCUAAGCUAAAGUAAUAAUAUAGUCAGAAUGAGAGAAGUGAGCAGAAGCUCAGUCCUGCAGAAAGCCACCAGAGAGAAACUGGACAAGUUCAACACAAUACGGGGCAAGGAGGUCAGACCUGGAGAAUUCUGGGACCUUGUGGUCAUCACUGCAGUGGAUGAGGACCAGAGAGCUUCGUAUGAACUCCAGAUCCAGGAGAAGUGCAACAGGAAGGAGCUGCCGAUUGGCGUUAGUUACCUUGUGUUUGCAGAUCCUCCAGGAUACAAAAUUGGUAACGGAGGGUCAACUUUACAUUCACUGCAGCUCCUGAGUGAUCAGUAUGGGGAGUCCCUGUCCAGAUUUAGAGUAAUUCUCAUACAUGCAGGAGGCUUCAGUCAGCGUUUACCCAACGCCAGCGCUCUUGGAAAAAUCUUCACUGCUCUUCCUCUUGGGGAGCCUCUGUAUCAGAUGCUGGAGCUGAAGCUGGCCAUGUAUGUGGACUUCCCGUCUCACAUGAAGCCUGGCAUGCUGGUCACCUGCGCCGAUGACCUCGAACUGUACAGCGCCAGUGAUAGUAUCGUGUUUGAUAAGCCAGGCUUCACUGCUCUGGCCCAUCCUUCACCUCUGUCCAUCGGAACCACUCACGGAGUGUUUGUUCUGGAACCCGCUGACAGUUCCUCUGUUCGGGACCUGGAAUACAGAACCUGCUUCCAGUUCUUGCACAAACAGAGCGUUGAAAGAAUGCGUAAAUGUGGCGCUGUGUUGAAAAAGGCAGAUCGUGAAUUUGUCUACACGGAUAGCACUUAUUACGUUGAUUAUGCCACCAUGUUGACACUGCUGAACCUGUUUAAGGACAUCAGACCUUUGAGAUGUGAGGUAGACGCUUACGGAGACUUCCUCCAGAGCCUGGGGCCGGGGGCCACUGUGGAUUACACCAACGACACUGCCAGUGUCACUAAGAAGGAUAUCAACCUGGUGGAGAUAAGAAAGAAAAUCUACAAUUGUCUCAGAGGAGCAUCUCUUAAUGUCGUUCUUCUAAACGAAUCAAAGUUCUACCAUCUUGGAACAACCGAGGAAUAUCUGUUUCACUUCACAUCUGAUCCAUGUCUCAGGGCGGAGCUUGGCAUCCUGCCAGCUGCAUUUAGUAUAUAUGAACCUGAGGCUUUAGAGAAAGCCAUGGCUUGUGUUAUGCACAGUGUUUUACACCCUACUGCCUCAGUAUCUGUGGGAAGUGUGGUGGAGUUCUCCAGAAUAGAGGCUAAAGCCACAGUUGGCACCAGGGCUAUCGUAAGUGGGUGCUGGGUUUGUACAGGACUUUCAGUGCCUGAUGAAACCUUCAUACACACCUUAUGCACCAAUCAGAACGGCCAGACUUCAUUUGUGACUGUAGCGUUUAGCAUCCAGGAUGACUUGAAGAAGAGUGUGAGCAAGCCUGCAGAUAUGGACCAGCUGAAGAUGUUUGGAGCCCCAUUGGAUGAGUGCGUGAGCCGCUGGGGGCUGUGUGCUGAGGAUGUGAGGUUCUCAGGGGAUGGAAGUGUGUGUAACCUGUGGAACUGUUGCAUUUUCCCUGUGUGUCCGGAUAUGAAGAGCUCCUUCACUUCGACCCUGGACAUGGUGUGGGCAGUGUGCGGGAAGGAGAAGGUUGCUUUACCCAGAAACACAAGAUUACUCUCGCUGCAGGAGAUCUUGCAGAAGAAAGACCUGAAACAGAUGCUGGGCUUUAGAAAAGGACUUUAUGAAGACAUUGUUGCAGCUAAAUGAUAUAAAACAUGGAACCACAUGGAAGCACUUAUUACGUUGAUUAUGCCACCAUGUUUAAACUGCUGAACUCUGAAAAUGAAGGUGCCAAAAGAAUGUUAUUUAAAUCAUUGAAGAACAUUAACACGUUACGCAAUCAGGAAUAUAUUAGUGGGAGUGGCUCACCACAUGACUGAUCAGCAACACAGAUUACAAGAGCUCUCACCAGGAGGAACACAUGAUGAUUCUGUCUGUGCUCUAAAAAUGGUCCAAAAUGGUCUAAUCAUCAUACAUUUGAUUGUAUUGAACUUUUCAAUAUUCAUCCUUCAUUCAUUCUGAAAGUCAGGAAUCACAUGGCCUUGGUAAUUUUAUUUGUAUUGUAUUAUGUUAUAUACAGUAAGAGCUUGUAUGCCUUGGAAUAGGAAAAACAUUAUUUUUUAUGUAUUUAUUUAGAAAGAAUCUACUAUUUAGUUGAAACCUAUAGUUUUGCCUAGUUUUUUUUUUUUUGAUCAUUUAUGAAGCAUAUUAAUAUUAAGCACUCUUUUGCAAGAAUCUGGCCACCACAAAUUACACAUCCUCUACAGAGACAAACAUCUGCAUAUUUUUUUUAUUUACUGUAUUUGAGACAUUGUCAUAAAUAAACAAAUAAGUAAGUAAAAGUAGAGUGUACAAAUGUAAUGGCUUGAAAAUGUAUUGUGUGUCAUUUGAUUGUGUUUAUUAAAGAGCUUCUACGUAAGUCAAUAUCUGCAACUACUACUGCAUCUCAAAAAAAUAUAUAUUAUUGUAAAGUUAUUUUAUUUCAGUAAUUCAGUUCAAAAUGUAAAACACAUUAUAUAGAUGUGUUAAACAGUGUGGUGUAUUUUCAGCAUUACUUUAUUUUAUUGUUGAUGUUUAUGGUUUACAGCCAAUGAAAACCCAAAAGAUAGUGUCUCAGAAUUUUGUUUAUAUUAUAUUAGACCAAUCAGUACUUUGGCAGUGUGCCAGGUCCUGCUGGAAAAUGACAUAUGCAUCUCUAUAAAAGUUGUCAGCAGAGGGUAGCAAGCAAUUCAUGUUUGGGGAAACAUUUUUUUUAACUUUUGAAUAGUGGUACACUGUUAAAAAAUAAAUAUGCUUUAAAAGUU